AUGAUAAAAGCCAUCUUAGUAUUUAAUAAUCACGGGAAACCCCGACUUCUCAAGUUCUAUACAAGAUAUGUAAGUCUGUAUCUAUUUUGCCCAUUCUUGUGUUUAGACCGAAGAAGAGCAGCAGCAUAUUGUUCGGGAGACGUUCCAAUUAGUGUCCAAACGUGAUGAUAAUGUGUGUAAUUUCUUGGAAGGCGGUUCUUUGAUCGGGGGAUCGGAUUACAAGUUGAUAUACCGACAUUAUGCUACGCUUUACUUCGUAUUCUGUGUGGACUCUUCGGAAAGUGAAUUGGGUAUCUUGGAUCUCAUCCAAGUCUUUGUGGAGACUCUUGACAGAUGUUUCGAGAAUGUUUGUGAACUUGAUCUGAUCUUUCACGUGGAUAAGGUUCACCAUAUUUUGAAUGAAUUGGUGAUGGGUGGAAUGGUGUUGGAGACUAAUAUGAGCGAGAUUCUGCUGAGGAUACAGGAACAAGAAAGGCUAGAAAAGCAAGAAGUAAGUCAAUAUUUUAAUUCUAAAUGUAUUAAUGCAAUAUCUAAAUGUUGGUGCUGUAGGCUGGUAUUUCUGCGGCGCCUGCUCGAGCUGUCUCUGCCAUGAAGAAUAUAAAUAUUCCUCAACAAAUCAAAGAUCUCAAACUGCCCGAUCUGCCUUCUUUCUCCAACUUUAAGAAUCCGUUUUGA